AUGGCUCCUUCAGUUGCAGAUGCCGUUGCAGCUCUUGAUGAAAUAAAACCACCCCAAGGCGUUGUAUUACCACCAAAAGAAAUCAAAGCUAUUCUCGAGAAGACAGCAGGCUAUGUUGCGCGAAAUGGAAUCAAUUUCGAAGAUCGUAUCAGAGAAAAAGAAAGAACCAAUCCCAAAUUCUCCUUCCUUAGCACUAAUGAUGCAUACAAUGCAUACUACUUAUGGCGACUCAGCGAGAUCAAAGAAGGCAGGGGAACUGCAGUUGCGGCAGGUAGAGCUGGAGAGGCGCCGGCGGAAGCAGAGAAACCUAAAGGGCCGCCUGAACCACCAGAGUUCCAUUUCUCGGCGCGCAUGCCCAAUAUCAGUGCACAGGAUCUCGAGGUAGUCCGGUUGACCGCAUUAUUCGUUGCGAAGAAUGGUAGACAGUUUAUGACGACACUAUCUCAGAGGGAAACGGGGAAUUAUCAGUUCGACUUCUUGAGACCCAAUCACAGUUUACACAACUUCUUCCAGCGAUUGAUUGAUCAAUAUACUAUGUUGUUGCGAGCGAGUGGUAUGGAUGGAGAAGGUGGGAAGAUGCAGCAGGAGAGAAUCAAAGAGUUGCAGGCCAAUGUAGACGAUAAAUUUCACGUCUUGGGUAGAGCCAAGCAAAGGGCAGAGUGGUUCAAAUUCCAAGACGAACAAAAGCAGAAGAAGGAGGAAGCGGUUGAGAAGGAGAAGCUUACAUAUGCGCAAAUCGAUUGGCACGACUUUGUUGUGGUAGAGACUGUUAUCUUCACAGAGGCUGAUGAUCAGACGAACUUACCUCCACCAACGUCACUGAACGAACUUCAAUUUGCCUCUCUGGACCAAAAGGCACAAAUGUCGAUUAACUCGACACAUAUGCGCAUUGAAGAAGCUAUGCCUGGAGACGAUGGAAUAUUCGAUGGGUCAUAUGCCCAACCACAAUAUAACAUGGCACCACCACCAGUGCCGCAACCAUCAUAUCAGCCACAAUACCAAGACCCACGCCAAAAGAACAACGAAGAUGAGGACGAAGAAGAACAGAGGAUACGAGAGCGAACUGAGGCUAGAGCUCGUGCUCAACAGGCACAGGCUGAAGCUAAGGGCGGAGCUGCACCUAUGAGAAUCAAGGAGAACUACGUCCCCAGAGCUGCCGCAAGAGCCGCCAACAAGCAACAAAUGGCACUUUGCCCCAAUUGUAAUCAACAAAUUCCUUAUGAUGAGCUCGAUGCUCAUAUGAGAAUUGAAUUGCUUGAUCCUAGGUGGAAGGAACAGAAAGCGAAGGCAGAGAGCCGCUAUGCAACAACUAAUCUUUCCACGCAAGAUGUGGCUAAUAAUCUCAAACGCUUAGCGAGUCAAAGAAGUGAUAUUUUUGAUGGGGCUACAGGGCAACAUAUAACAGAAGAAGAAGCCGCUCGAAGAAAGAAGGCGGCGAAUGGUUAUGAUGGUACUCCGGUGGAUAAGACAGACAGAGCACGAUAUGAAUUGAUGCAGAAUGUAAAUGUGGAGGAGCAAAUUCGGGCGAUUCACCAGAAAUUUGGAGAUAAAAAAUAG